CGGCGGAUGCGAGGGCUGGUGCAGCUGCCGCUGUGGCAGCGGUGAGGCGGUGGUGGCGGCUGCUGAGACUCUGCUGUAGGGAUAUUGGCGGCAGCAGCUGCGGGCUGAGCUGCGCUGUGCAGACCCGGUGCACGGUGCGGGAUCCUGGGACGGCGCGUGUAAGAAUCCGAGGGACCCUAGAAGAUGCCUCUGAUGGAACAGGCUCUGGGAAGCUUCUCUGGCCUCGUGGCUUUAAACAGGAGCCCAAGCCAGAGGCCAUUUAAAGCCCUGGCCAUUGUAUCCUGAGGACCGCAGGUCGGGAAAAGAUGGCUGUAAGUUUAGAUGACGACGUGCCGCUCAUCCUGACCUUGGACGAGACUGAGAGCGCUCCGCUGGCUCCUUCCAAAGGCCUGGGCCAGGAAGAGCAGCCCAGCAAAAAUGGGGGCAGCCACAGCGUCCACAACUCCCAGGUUCCCAGUCUGGUCUCCGGAGCCGACGGUUCCCCCUCCAGUCCCACCGGACACAACUGGGAGAUGAAUUAUCAAGAGGCGGCUAUCUACCUCCAGGAAGGCCAGAACAACGACAAGUUCUUCACCCACCCCAAGGAUGCCAGGGCGCUGGCCGCCUACCUCUUUGUUCACAACCACUUCUUCUACAUGAUGGAGCUGCUCACGGCCCUGCUCCUGCUGCUGCUGUCACUCUGCGAGUCACCUGCUGUCCCCGUGCUCCAGCUGCACACUUACGUCCAUGCUACCCUGGAGCUCUUCGCCCUCAUGGUGGUGGUAUUUGAACUCUGCAUGAAAUUGCGGUGGCUGGGCUUGCACACCUUCAUCCGGCACAAGCGCACCAUGGUUAAGACGUCUGUCCUCAUGGUGCAGUUCAUCGAGGCCAUUGUGGUGCUGGUGCGGCAGACGUCCCACAUGCGGGUGACCCGGGCACUGCGCUGCAUUUUCCUGGUGGACUGUCGGUACUGUGGCGGUGUGCGGCGCAACCUGCGGCAGAUCUUCCAGUCACUGCCGCCCUUCAUGGACAUCCUCCUGUUGCUGCUCUUCUUCAUGAUUAUCUUCGCCAUCCUUGGUUUCUACUUAUUCUCCACGAACCCUUCCGACCCUUACUUCAACACCCUGGAGAACAGCAUCGUCAACCUGUUCGUUCUCCUGACCACAGCCAACUUUCCAGACGUCAUGAUGCCCUCCUACUCCCGGAACCCCUGGUCCUGCAUCUUCUUCAUCGUGUACCUCUCCAUCGAGCUGUACUUCAUCAUGAACCUGCUCCUGGCCGUGGUGUUUGACACCUUCAACGACAUCGAAAAGCACAAGUUCAAGUCUUUGCUGCUGCAUAAGCGGACGGCCAUCCAGCACGCCUACCGUCUGCUCAUCAGCCAGCGGAGGCCGGCCGGCAUCUCCUACCGGCAGUUCGAAGGCUUGAUGCGCUUCUACAAGCCCCGGAUGAGUGCUAGGGAGCACUUCCUGACUUUCAAGGCCCUGAAUCAGAGCAACACACCUCUGCUCAGCCUGAAGGACUUCUAUGAUAUUUAUGAAGUUGCUGCUCUGCAGUGGAAGGCAAAGAAGAACAGACAGCAUUGGUUUGACGAGCUUCCCCGGACAGCCUUCCUCAUCUUCAAAGGGAUUAACAUCCUAGUGAAUUCCAAGGCCUUCCAGUAUUUCAUGUACCUGGUGGUGGCUGUCAAUGGUGUCUGGAUCCUGGUAGAGACGUUCAUGUUGAAAGGUGGGAAUUUCAUCUCAAAGAACGUGCCCUGGAGUUACCUCGUGUUCCUUACCAUCUAUGGAGUUGAACUGUUCAUGAAGGUGGCUGGCCUGGGCCCUGUGGAGUACCUGUCCUCUGGAUGGAACCUGUUUGACUUCUCGGUCACAGCGUUCGCCUUCCUGGGACUGCUCGCCCUGACGCUCAACAUGGAGCCCUUCUAUUUCAUUGUGGUCCUGCGUCCCCUUCAGCUGCUGAGGUUAUUUAAACUGAAGAAACGCUACCGCAACGUGUUGGACACCAUGUUUGAACUGCUGCCGCGAAUGGCCAGCCUCGGCCUCACGCUGCUCACCUUCUACUACUCCUUCGCCAUCGUGGGCAUGGAGUUCUUCAACGGGCGGCUGUCCCCCAACUGCUGCAACACCAGCACGGUGGCCGACGCCUACCGAUUCAUCAAUCACACCGUGGGUAACAAGACCAAGGUGGAGGAGGGCUACUAUUAUCUCAACAACUUCGACAACAUCCUCAACAGCUUCGUGACCUUGUUUGAACUCACCGUUGUCAACAACUGGUACAUCAUCAUGGAAGGUGUCACCUCGCAGACCUCCCACUGGAGCCGCCUGUACUUCAUGACCUUUUACAUCGUGACCAUGGUGGUGAUGACCAUCAUCGUGGCCUUCAUCCUGGAGGCCUUCGUCUUCCGCAUGAACUACAACCGCAAGAGCCAGGACACGGAAGUGGACAGUGGCAUCGUCAUCGAGAAGGAAAUGUCCAAGGAGGAGCUUCUGGCCGUCUUAGAGCUUUAUCGCGAGGAGCGAGGCACCUCCUCUGAUGUCACCCGGCUGCUUGACACCCUCUCUCAGAUGGAGAAAUACCAGCAAAAUUCCAUGGUGUUUCUGGGACGGCGAUCAAGAACCAAAAGUGACCUGAGUCUGAAGAUGUACCAGGAGGAAAUCCAGGAGUGGUACGAGGAACAUGCCCGGGAACAGGAGCAGCAGCAGCUCAGGGGCGGUGUGCCCGGACCCACAGCCCAGCAGCCCCCUGGUGGUCGCCAGCGCUCCCAGACCGUCACCUAGUGGAUUUCAUCAACCAAGCCAGCCUCUUCUAUGCAAUAACACCAUAGUAUUAUGUACUACGAUGUAUGGAAACCACGAGUGUACGUAAACACACUCACAUAUAUGCACAUAUUUACACAGAGACAGAAAAGGACUAGCCAGGGUCCGUUGGAAUCACCUCACUCUGUCUUCCUGAGCUCUAGACAUCGGCUUAGGCUGGAGGCCCGGGCCUGGCUGAGUUCUUCCUACCAUGGAAAACUCUAGAAGCCCUCUGUUCAAGAAGCCCCUCAAAUAGGCUGUCUCGUCUUAGCAAUGCCGGCUUUCCUGGGGCCGGGGGGGGGGCGGGGUGAGGGGCUUGACUGCCUCCCUGCUGCAGACUCGGGCUUGGUCCCUGCAUCGUCCCUACCUGUCCCCCAGCCACCACAGGUAUCUGUGUCUGGUAUUAGGGACAAAACCACUAGGAAGAAACCCCACAUCCUGCAGGAUGGCGUCUGUAGAUGACAGUGUUCGCAGGUUCCCUUGAGGGAUCAGGGCUCCGGACCCAGCGGGAAGCCUGACAGAGGCCAGAGAUGGCUGAAGACAGCGGGGCAUCCUCUCAGGCUUCCAGACCUUUCUUGUUGCUGAAACCCUACCACAGCCUCUCUGGGAAGCUCUCCCAGCAGGAGAAGGCAAACUGAGGCCCUGGGAAUUUGACUUGCUCAGGAGAGUUCAUCUGAACUGGCGCCGAAGGCAGCCCCCCUCACCCCCCAUACCGUCAUACAUGCAGUAGACACUGUUUGGUGAGGGGGCCACACCCAGCACAGGGACACUUAUCGUCCGUCACAGCAGUCCCUGGCUGGCCACCACACCACAGAUAGCUGCUAAGGUUCUCAUAAGCUAGGUGGGGAGGGGAGGCGGGUCAGGUGACCAUUUCAGCCGCCUUGUAUGAGGCCUUGUGGGAGUUCUUUUGGGUACUGAGGUGACAGAGGGACGGAGCCCUGGUCACUUCAUCCUGCUGUCUUGUCCACAAGGGGCUGAAGAUGGACAGGGCUGCCGGAAGUUGCCUGGUACCCUGGCCCUUCCAAACCUGCUGUUGCUUGGGAGUUGGAGUGGGCGGGCAUAGGUCGCCUCCUGUUCUCCCAGCUGUAGAACCAGGGGCCAAGCUGGAAAGUGGAUGCUUUGACUUAAAAUAAAGCACAGCCCCCCUCCCUACCACACCCCCAGGAAAACCUCUGGUUUCCACAGAGUCAGGAGACUGGUAAAGUCCCUUCCACUUCAAAGAGCUCUUUUGGCCUCCACCAGAGCUCAACCUGGACUCUAGGCUACAGCCCUGAGAAGCAGCUUCAUUUUCAUAGCUGGCUGCCUUAGCUUCUAUGUACAAGUGGCGAGUGGCGCAGAGGCCUAGAAGGAUGGCCUAGGGCCUCUGAGCAACCAGCCUGGUUCUAGGCCCAGGCACCGCAGUGAGGGGAGCAGGCUCAGGGGGAGGAAGUGGUCUUGGGGCCGCCCAAUGUGGAGGCACUAAAACCCCUGGGUUUAGCACAUACCAGCCAGGUGCCUGAGGAAGACAGAGAGCUGUUAGGCCAAACUGCAGCCUGUCGUGUAGCCUGAGAAAACCUGUCCCCACAGAGUCACCUUGAGCACACACCAAGCUGACCCUCAGACUUGCUAGCCACACAGGGAACAGACUGUGUCACCCAGGGCUUUAAGCUGAUGCCCCCUCCCUCAAUUCAGCUGAGUGGGAACUGGUGGCUCAGUGUCACAGCCUAGCAGGGGCAGCUACAGAACCACGCUUCUCCAGACUGGGGAUGAGGCACACUCUGUGGGGACAGUGUCCAGCCCCUCCCCCUUGCUUCUCCAGCCCCCACCCCAGCCUUACUCCACACCGUGCAGACAAUCAUUUUGUAUGGGUUGAGAGCCACGUCGUCGUCAGAAGGUUUUAUACAGUGAUUUGUUACCUACGAACCCACUGUGCCCAGAUUUCUGGUGUGCCAAUAAAGAGCCUCUGCUUUCUA